GCGUUCGUUUUUUCGACUUGGUGGACGCGCCGCCAAGAAAGCGACUCGUAACCUCGCACUGAUGGGUACGAUUGGGUACGUCGUCUGCAGGGACCAGCGCUUCGUCCGACAGCGCGCUCUCGCCGCAAGGACCUUGCGUUCGGCUUCUGCUCUUCUCAGCAUAGAGGUGGUGGUGUCGACUUGAGAGCUUCGACUGCCGAAUCCCUUGCGGCGAGAUCAAAAGAAUGCACGCGGCCAGAUACUCGGACAGCCGCAAAGAACAACAUCUGAUUCAACGAUGCGGCAACCUGGGUGUCGGUCAAGACCGUCGUCGUCUGACCCUGUGAGAAGGUAAAGAGAUCAAGUGCUAUACAAGCACGAGGCCAUGGGAUCGAGCCUCGCUCGCGAUGGUGUUUUGAGGACUCUGAAGCGACAGGACGGCAAAGUUCAAUUCUGUGCGGCACGAAUUCUCAGGCGGCGCUGGCUACCGGUAAUGCUGCACCGUCGUAAUUCUCAGACGUUUUGCGCGCGUGACAACACAUCGCCACUUUCACAUUUCCUUAGUGUCGAGUAGUAGUAUGCAAGGGAAAGGUAUCUACCUAUACUACAACAACGGCGACAGCAACACCGAGCCGUCGCCGGCGCCCACCGGGCAUCACCGACUGCAUACGACGCCCGGGUCCAUCUCAUCAUCGAGCACGGGUCGCAGCGGCGAGCGCCGCGUGCCGCCGCCCGCCGAGCCGCUUGGUCUGCGCACCAACUUUUCAGUGCGGAAUCAGCCAGAGGGCGUCGGCACACCGCCGCUAGUCUACGACGACCCGAUCCUCGAGGAGCAUGACCCCAAGCACCUCGCGGCUGGCAACUUUGACUCGCGCUCGAGCUCUGUCUUUGUCAACUCGAUCGCGGUCGUCAUUGGCGCUGCCGUCGGCAUUGGUCUCGGGCUCUUGCUGGCCAAGCUCGAGGUCGGCGACGACGUCCAGCAGUGGAUCGCGCUGCCCGGUAACCUCUUUGUGCGCGCACUGCGGUGCCUUGUCGUGCCGCUUGUCUUUUGCUCGAUGACAGUCUCGAUCGCCGAAGUUAUCAUGCUCAACCGGACGUCGGUCUUGACGCUCCGGACCGUCGUCGUCUUCUUCCUCACGUCGUCGCUCGCGGCGGUUCAAGGUAUGAUUGUGGCACUGGCUUUCCGUGCCAUGUACAGCCCGCCGAGCUCGGUUGUUGUCGCCGCCAAUGCAACGAGCGGCGUCGCAAUCAUCGGGCUCAAAUGUGCCAACGGGCUCUUCCUCGGCGCGGCCGAGAACGGGUCGGUCGCGUGCUUUGAGCCCAACACGACGGCCGCCAGCGCCUUUUCCAGCAGCUUUCGCUCACCGACCAAGUGA